AUGGAGUGUAAUACACACACAAGUAUGUUAAUUGUGGUGUUGAUGAUGAUCCUUUCGAGCUGUUGUUACAGCCAAGCCCAGCUGAGCAGUGACUUCUACUCGGAAAGCUGUCCCUCACUGUUCCCUGCGGUGCGCCGGGUGGUGCAGCGAGCUGUGGCCCGAGAGCGUCGCAUGGCUGCUUCUCUCCUCCGUUUGUUCUUCCAUGAUUGCUUCGUCAACGGUUGUGACGGAUCCAUAUUAUUGGAUGACACUUCCUCUUUUGUGGGAGAGAAAACCGCAGGACCCAACAAUAACUCUGUGAGAGGAUUCGAAGUGAUCGAUAGAAUAAAGUCUAGGGUUGAGAGACUUUGUCCAGGCGUUGUCUCGUGCGCAGACAUUCUCGCUAUCACUGCUCGUGACUCUGUCCUCCUCCUAGGAGGACCAAGGUGGAGCGUGAAACUUGGAAGACGAGACUCUACUACAGCGAGCUUAUCGGCUGCUAACUCCGGCGUCAUUCCUCCUCCGACCUCUACACUCACAAACCUCAUCAACCGUUUCAGAGCCCAAGGUCUGUCCUCACGUGACAUGGUCGCACUCUCCGGGGCACACACUAUUGGACAAGCCAGAUGUGUCACCUUUAGGAAUCGCAUCUACAACGGAAGCAACAUCGACCGCUCUUUCGCCUUGUCUACGCAGAGGAGCUGCCCUGCAGCCACUGGCUCUGGCGACAACAAUGCAGCCGUUCUUGACUCCCGCUCUCCUGGAAGAUUUGACGUCAGCUACUACAAGCGGCUUCUCAACCACAUGGGUCUGCUUACGUCAGAUCAAGUCCUCUUCAACGGUGGCUCCACGGACUCGCUCGUCAUAGCAUACAGCCGCAGCCUCAACCGUUUCUACCGUGACUUCGUAAGAGCUAUGAUUAAGAUGGGAGACAUCAGCCCCCUAACCGGAUCCAAUGGUCAGAUCCGCACCAACUGUCGCAGGCCCAAUUGA